CUAAGUUGGUUGAUCUGAAAAAGAUCCGUCUACUGAUUUUCGACAGCGUACUUUGGCGCAGAGGUGUCCGAGACUUUCAAUAAACUACUUCGACAAGGACAAAGAGGUCGACGAAGACAAAGGAAUAGAGGGACUGGUUCCCACUCCUUAUCUUCAUCUUCAUGUGCAAGUUCUAAGUUGGUGCUGCUUCAGGCAUUCCUAGUUUUCAGAACUCUGUGGAUAGAGGCUACUGCCACGCGGUCGAAUGGCCAAAAAAUUCAACGGAUGCUGCCUGGCAGCUUCGGGGAGAAACCUUUAUAGUACUCACCUUACAUAUAUGCCUCUUGUGAACGCGUUAAUCACGCCCUGAAACGAAUCAUAUCGAUGCACAACCUUCUAGACAAGAGUGUACACCCGAUGAUACGUUUCUAUCUUUUCUCGUCGUUUGGCUCCGUCGGCGUUGGGGCCUCCUCCUCCCUUCACCGCAAAGAUGACACUUGGUCCUAUAGGCACACCCUGAGAGUGCAGUCUUCCAUUGUUGCCGGUAGCCCUCGUCACGGAGCUCGCCUUCCAGGGCAGGGUUGUUAAUUGGAAGGACAAGCGAUAAGCUUUGUUUUCCAGGACGACACACUCCCUCGAUGAAAUCGACGGCCUGAUGGGCCUGCUCGGCUCAUUGGGGUAAGGCCGAUUGUCGCGCUCCAAAGUGGGAAGCGGGUGAGAAAUGGUCUCGAGCCGUGACAACCAUUCGGCCCGUCGAAUCGUUCUCGUCGUUUUCCUCCUUAUGCUGGGCGCACGACUUGAUUUCAACCCCUAAUUAUAGACGCUGCUCGUCUCCCGCCCCCAGCGAGGUUCGUGGCCAGUUCUCUCCUCCAUGAAUUCGGAAGACCAGGAAAAGCUCUCGAUCGACUGAGGUCAAGAUGCCUGCAGAUUCGGUCCACAUAUCGCCAGAUUCACUCGAUAGAGCGUAAUCGCAGUUAGCGUGUCCCACCUCCUGGGGAUUGAAACCCCCCGCAUCGUGUACGACUCCGUUCCCUCCCUCCCCCGCUCUCGG